AUGAAAAAGUCACAACAGAAAGAACGAAAUCAAAAUUCAAGUAAAAUAUUGCUUAAUUUUAUCAACAAUAAAAUUAUGGAUAGCCAAGCUAUUAAUGAUGACGUUCUAACUAGUUCAAAGAAUGCCGUUUUGAUGUCAAGUGUCCCUUUACCCGGUGACAUCCUACAAAUUCAAGGAUAUGACUGGAAUAAAGGUAUCGACUAUCACAAUUUAUUUGAAAGCUACAAACUGUCUGGUUUUCAAGCUACCAAUUUUGGAUUGGGAGUAGACGAAAUAAAAAAAAUGAUGGACUGUAAAAAGAUACCAUUAAGCGUAGAUCAAAUCGAUAGUUUUGAACAAGAUGAAUUUAUAAAAAGACAAAGUUCUUGCACCAUGUUUUUAGGAUAUACGUCAAAUAUGGUAUCAUGUGGCGUACGAGAAUCUAUACGAUUUUUAGUACAGCAUAAAAUGGUUGAUUGUAUUGUAACAACAGCUGGUGGUGUAGAAGAGGAUCUGAUAAAAUGUUUAGCACCAACUUACUUGGGUAAAUUUGAAUACGAUGGUAAAAAUCUUCGUGAUAAGGGAUUAAAUAGAAUAGGAAAUAUGAUUGUUCCAAAUAGCAAUUAUUGUUUAUUUGAAGACUGGUUGAUGCCUAAAUUAGAUAAAAUGCUCAAAGAUCAAGAGGAAAAAGGUAUGUUGUGGAGUCCGUCAAAAAUAAUAACACGACUUGGUGAAGAAAUAAAUAACGAAGAAUCAAUUUGUUAUUGGGCAGCGAAAAAUAAAAUUCCUAUUUUCAGUCCAGCUUUAACCGAUGGUAGUCUAGGAGAUAUGAUGUAUUUUCAUUCGUUUAAAAACCCAGGACUUGUCGUUGACAUUCUUUCUGAUUUAAAACGACUUAAUACGAUUGCCGUUAAAGCAAUAAAUACUGGAAUAAUUAUAAUUGGAGGUGGAGUUAUUAAACACCAUAUCUGUAACGCCAAUUUAAUGAGAAACGGUGCAGACUUUGCUGUAUUUUUAAAUACUGCGUCUGAAUUUGACGGUAGUGAUAGUGGUGCACGACCAGAUGAAGCUGUAUCGUGGGGAAAAAUUCGUAAAACUGCGACUCCUGUUAAGAUAUACGCUGAAGCUUCUCUUAUUUUCCCGUUACUAGUCGGCGAAACAUUUGCUCGAGAAUUCCAUUUAGCCAAAAAUUCAUCAACUUCUGACACUGAAGAAAUCACAAAAAAAUAA